AUGGCCGACGACAUAGAGACGAGCUUCCAGGCGGCCAUCGAUGCUGGCAAGAUCAACGGAGCCGUCAUCUGCGCCACCGACGCUGAUGGCCGCUUCGUCUACGACAAGGCACUCGGAGAGCGAACGCUGCUCUCGGGAGAGAAGCGGCCGCAGCGGCUCGACGACGUGCUGUUCCUGGCCUCAGCCACCAAGCUGAUGGCCACCAUCGCUGCCCUGCAGUGCGUCGAGGACGGCCUGUUGACCCUGACUGGCGGUCUGUCGUCCUCCAUCGCCCCCGAGCUCGCCGAGAGGCAGGUGAUUACUGGAUUCUCGGAUGAUGGCGAAACUCCGCUACUGGAACCGCCCGUCCGGACCAUCACUCUCGAGAUGCUGCUCACGCACAGCUCUGGUCUUAGCUACCACUUUAUCAACCCUCUGGUCGAUCGGUGGAGCCAGAAGUUCAACUCUCCACAAGAAGGCAGACGGCGGCCGGUUGAGGAGGCCUUCUGCUACCCUCUCGCCUUCCAGCCCGGUGCCAGCUGGAUGUACGGUCCUGGGCUCGACUGGGCCGGCCGUAUAGUAGAGCGGGUGACGGGUGGCACGCUUGGCGAGCACAUGCAGAAGCGCAUCUUCGACCCUCUCGGCAUCACCGACGCCCAAUUCAGCCCGGUCUUGCGAGAGGAUCUACGCGCCCGCCUAGUCGAUCUCAACCCGGAUGACCCUGAAGCCCUCGGCCUCGCUGUACUGGGCGGCUCAGGCGACAUGAACAAGCGCUCGCGCGGAGACUUUGGAGGCCACGGUCUGUUCAUGACCGGCGCCGACUACGUCAAGGUGCUACGCUCGCUGCUGGCUAACGACGGCAAGGUUCUCAAGCCCGCGACCGUCGACGACAUGUUUGAGCACCAUCUCAGCCCCGAAGCGACCACGGGGCAUCAGGCUGCGCUGGCCAGUCCUAUCGGUGUUUCUUUCCGGGUAGGCACCGACCCUGGAACAAAGGUGGGCCACGGUCUGGGCGGCCUGCUUACGCUGGAGGAUGUCGACGGCUGGUACGGCGAGCGCACACUAACCUGGGGCGGCGGCGUGUCGCUGGCCUGGUUCAUCGAUCGAAAGAACGGCCUGUGCGGCAUCGGCGCCGUCCAACCCUCGCUGCCGGUCGACAUCAAACUGGUGGGCGACCUGAAGCAGACCUUCCGCCGGGACAUCUACCGUAAGCACGCCGCAUGGAUGGUGCAGGCGCAAACAUGA